GUAAGCGGGUAGGGCUGCAGACGGACGCUAUUUCUACGAUCCCCACCGUGGAACAGCGCGCGCUGCGCACUGCAGAUGCGAAACGGAGAAUCGCAACUGUUCUGGAUCUGAGUUUUCCGUGUGUUCGAGAUGUGCGUUUGGGUGUGAUAUACAGUACGGUUUCGCAUCUGGGUCUCCCCGAACGGGAUCCCCCCCAAGACCGCCUCUCCCCGGAUUCUCAACUGCCCGAUGGGGCGGACAGGACCUCCGAUUCGGCCCCUAGCUGCGAAAGCAGCGUGUGUGAUCCGGCCGCCGAGAUCGAGGAUUUCUGGAGACCGCCCUCCCCCUCGGCCUCUCCAGCUUCCGAGCAGUCCAUCUGUCCAUCUUUAGAUGAACCUUCCCACUUCUCCCUGCCCCUGAAACCCUACACAUGGAACAGCCUGGGAAAUACUGAACUGAGACAUUUGGUACAGAACUGCAGGCCCUGCUCAACUCUGGAACGUGGUCUCUUCUGUGAGCGGGGAUCUGAGCCUGCUCUGUAUGCAUCAGAGCGUAACUCAGCUCUUGGACUCUAUGGUGACUUUGGCUCUCCUGGACUCUUUGAGCGGCCAGCAGCAGCCCCUGGAAUCUUUGUGGAGACCCCAACUGGACUGCAACCAGAGAAGAGUGCAAAUAGCAUCAAAUUGGAGUCAGAACUCCUCUGUCGCCCUCUGUUGCUCAGCAGUGGCUCCUACAAAUGCGUCAAAUGCAGCAAGGACUUCUCUACUCCACAUGGCCUAGAGGUGCAUGUUCGUCGUUCACACAGCGGCACCAGGCCCUUCGCUUGUGAAAUGUGUGGCAAGACAUUUGGCCAUGCUGUUAGCUUGGAGCAGCAUAAAGCUGUGCACUCCCAGGAACGUAGCUUUGACUGUAAGAUCUGUGGGAAGAGCUUCAAGAGAUCUUCCACUUUGUCCACACACCUUCUCAUCCACUCAGAUACCCGGCCUUAUCCAUGCCAGUACUGUGGAAAGAGGUUCCACCAGAAGUCUGACAUGAAGAAGCACACUUUCAUCCAUACAGGUGAGAAGCCCCACAAGUGCCAGGUGUGUGGCAAAGCUUUCAGCCAGAGUUCAAACCUGAUCACUCAUAGUCGGAAGCACACUGGCUUCAAGCCUUUUGGCUGUGACCUGUGCGGCAAAGGCUUUCAGAGAAAGGUGGAUUUGCGGAGACACCGAGAGACACAGCAUGGUCUGAAAUGAGAACGUGGUGGAAUCUGGAAUAACAACAAAAACACUAUGUCAACGAACUUCCCUUUUCUCCUUGUGGGCUGCCCGUGUCCUGCCUCUGUCUCUCUGGUCUGAUCCUUUGGUUCACUUCCUGUCAUAUUCUCACUAAACAGGAAGUCAGAGGAAGUUGGUCAGAGUUUUGCAGAAUUUAACUCAAAGGCCUUGGAAUGAAAGUGAAACGCCAAGCCUAAAGAGGGUGGGGUGAAGCACCUCUUUCUUUAGAAUUAAACACUGGACCAAUAACAUACAUUUCUGUUCCCUCCCACUCACUCACCUUGUAGCACAAAAGGCCCUAUUUGGAUAAGCUACUGGCGUCUAUGAGCCAGAAAAUUAUUUUUCUCAGUGAAUCCCACAGACUGCUUUGGUUUCCUGAAAGUUCAUUUUCUGGGUUGCCUGAACGUCACAUGGUAAUCACACAAAGUGGUGUGAUGAAAGAGAGCGUGA